AUGACUUACUACAAUCCAACCGCUUACCAAUCAGCCUACAGACAUCCGGCCUACGUCCCCUGGACAUAUGACCAGACGGCAUAUGGAGAGACGCCGUAUGGUCAGGCGCCGUACGGUCAGGCGCCAUACGGUCAGGCGCCAUACGGUCAGGCGCCAUACGGCCAGACACCAUACGGCCAGACGCCAUACGGAGAGACGCCAUAUGGAGAGACGCCAUACGGUCAGACGCCAUACGGCCAGAUGCCAUACGACCAGACUCCAUACGGCCAGACGCCAUACGGCCAGAUGCCAUACGACCAGACGCCAUACGGCCAGACGCCAUACGGCCAGAUGCCAUACGGUCAGACGCCAUACGGCCAAGCGCCAUAUGGCCAGGCGCCAUACGAUCCAACGGCAUACGGUCCGACGGCAUACGACCCGACGGCGUACGGCACAGUGUAUGAUUCUUCCAUUGAGAUCGAGACGGGUGAUACCGUGGCUCGCGGCACCACCAUUAUGCCAGUCCGCGACGUCGUGGUGAUAGUGGAGACAGUCAACACACCAGCGACGACUGUGGCAACCACUUCUGCGACGACUACGGCAACCACUGAGAAAACGGCCACCACCACUCAGGAAACUGGAACACCUACCGCGUCAUCAGCCGCACCCGCGGAAAUGCUGGACGACCAGCCCUUGGUGUGCACCAUGGGCACGAGGCUCAACUCGACGCAGAUGUUCCCGACGGAUGGUUUGUGCGAGUACAUCUUCUUCGACUCGCUGUACAAGGAUGGCCGCAACUCGCUUGCUGCGCCUAAUCUCUUCGAUACCGGCUUGCAAAUAUUCAUCAACGCCGCCCGCAUGUACCACAUCACGGCAUUCGGCAUUGGCAUUUCCUACGAUGCUGCGUACCACCUGGAGUUGUUCCUAAACCAGGGCAGUGACGGAUACAAGCCACUGCAGCACUUUUGGGAUCAUUCAAUCUACCACAUCGGUGUUCUGGACACCGCUACCGUGAACCCGAGAGAAGUUGACGUAAUACCUGCCCUGGGGUGCCUCAAGAUCCUGCGGAACCGCUACUCCAAGGAUAUCAUGGACCAGGGCAUCAAGGUCUUCACAUUUUUCGCAGCAAAUGUUCCAAACAGCGCCUGGGCUAAGUUCUACAUCAGCAAUUUCAGGAAAUGGUUUCAGCCAGAUGUGUUCAUCGGUCUGGGUCACUACCCGCGAGGAGACAACUCCUUGCCCAAUUGUCUCGUCGUGCCACCAACGCUGCUGCAGAAACCUCCGGGUGCCGAAAACAGCUACCAGCACGAUAUGACAACGGCGUUCGAGAGUUUCGCCCGGCUGUCGGCGUCAACGUUGACGCUGAAGUAUGCGCUGUCAGUGACCAUGAAGGGUCGUUUGGCGGUGCCCAAGUUGCCGACUCAGUACGGUUUCUUCACGCCGUGCAUUACCAACAACACCAUUGAUUCGUUCGCCAGCUACGCCGAGAUAUGCAAGAAUCCCAAAUUCAGAUCGACAACGGUUUACGAAUCUGUGGUGGACGCGGCGCAAAUUCGCCAUGUCACCGAGCCCAAAAUGUUCUCUUACGACGACGGAGCAGGACUUUGCAAGAAGAUUGCUGUGGACCUCAUGGACCCAGAGAAAACGGGUUUUGUAACUCCUGAUGGGUUCUACCAGUUCACGGUCAUGGCUUUCGGUCUGUGUAAUGCCUCAGCUACAUUCGAAUGA